AUGUCUGAUAUUUCUAAAUUAAAUGAAGCUAAAGCAAAGGUGGUUGAACUAGAAGCAUUAGUCAAAAAACAGGCCAAUGUAAUGGUUCAAGCGAGACAAAAGUUGAUUGAUGUUGAAUUGAGAAACAUGAAAAACCAAGCUGGCCAAAACAUCCAACCUGCAUUGGAUCUAACUGAUUAUGUGAACAAUGAUGAUAUUGUUCAAUUGGUUACAGAAUUACAAACACAAUUAGAUGCUUUAGAAGCUCGAACUAUGCGUCGAACAUAUAAUGCAACCGUUCAAGGAGAUGACGAAAAAUUGGCACCAAUUACAAAUAAAGAUGGUGAUUUGCCUGAUUUUGCAUUGCCUGUCACUUUAAAAGAGUUUAAGCUGUUGGAGAAAAUUGAUUUGAUAAGAUUAGGAGUGUUUUAUGAAAUUAUAUUACCAGAUGGAGAAGAAAUAGACCACGCUUUGCAACAGACUAAUAGCAAAGAAGCAAUCUUAGAUAUCAACAAAAAGAAAGAUAUAAUAGAGUUGAGCAAAAAUUUUGAUGAAGAUCAGGUAAAUGAAAUUUACGACGAAUUGGCUAGAUAUUUUGGAAUAAAACAUAGAAGAAAUAGUGACGGUUGGUAG